CUACUAAAUAUGUUUUGUCUGGAAUUUUGGCGGACUAUUUAACUGCAGUAUACAGUCAUUGUUGUCAAACUUUUCACCAAAAUGAUAUUUCGUGAGUAGACACAACCAGUUGGGUUCCCUGUGUUUUUCCCAGUGUUCAUUUGGCGCGYAGUACGGCGGUAGAUCUGAAAACAAGCAUGGACGGUGGACCUCCAGUAAUACUGAUACCUGAAUGUCAGGCGGAGGGAAAGAUUGCUGGUAGUUGGUCAUCGUUCGGAGGGAUAACUGCCUAUGCUUCUGAAGGCAAGCCAUCUUUAGCUCAGUCAAUAGAUCACUAUAGGUUCCCAGUGCUACAUGAACUUAGAUGGCAUGCUGAUGUAUAUAGCACAAUGAUGCGAAAGCUUAUCAAUGAAACKCAUGGAAUAUUUCUAGACCUCCAACAAUUACCUGAAUUAGGAAAUACUACUAAAAAGACCAGCUUGUUGACAAUAAGCAGAAGGUACAGAGCUGUACUCAGGGCAUGUUUAUUGCAAUUAAAAGACCAAUCAAGUAAUAAUGAAUCCAUGGUCAUGGAUGGAAAUCAGAAUACCAAUACCCAGAGACAAAUUCUUACUUAUGUUGAGCUUGUUUGGCAUCUUUGUGAAAUACUUUUUAUCGAAACUCUACCAGGAGGAGCUGCUCUUCCUAGACUUUUAGAAUGGGCCAGAACAGAACAGACUGAUAGGUUUGUUGACCAGGUAUUGCAGUGUGCUGUACCAUAUGAAAGCCMUGCUUACUGGCCAGCUAUCUAUUGCCUUGUCUUGUGUGGACAAUUAAAUGAUGCCAGAGAGCUGUUGGCACAGCACCCUGAUAGACAGGCAGGAACUUAUGAUGUUUUUGAAAGCAUGGAUGAAUUAAUGAGAAAGAUGCCAGUCUAUCAGACGUACAUGGGUCAAACWUCAUCAGAAUUUAUAAUGAAAUGGAAUCAUUGGCAGCAGGAGUGUAAAUCUCAACUUAUGAGUGAGACAUAUGCAGGAUACCCUCACCUUCAAACUAUUUGCCAGGUUCUUGCUGGUCAAGAGGAUAUCUUUGAAUGCUUACAAGAUUCCUGUCCUACUUGGUACCAAAUGUUAACAGCAAAAUUAUUGUACUGUAACCCUGCAGUCAAAGUAUAUGAUUUACAGUACCAUACACAGAGCUGCAUAGAAAUGUUUGGAGGUGAUUCUCAACUUGGAGGAUUAGACAGAAUUUUGCUGUCUGCAUUUGAAUUUGAUGUUUGUGCUGUCAUCAAAGAAAGCAGUGAUUGUCUAGGAAACUGGUGGUUUGUAGCUCAUCUGACUGACUUGUUACACCAUGCAGGUCAACUUGACUCUCAUCAAAUCAGUUCACCAAUAAGUUUGCGAGAGUUUCUYCUUCUUGAGUACUCAGCAAGUUUGAUGUCACACCACAGUCUAUGGCAAAUUGCAGUAGAUUAUUUACAACACUGUCCUGAAUAUGGCAGGGCACAUCUUGUAGAAUAUGUUGAACAUCUUCCUCUGGAAACUGAGAAAAAGGCACUAAAAGUKUUGAGACUUUGUGAAGAAUUAGGCUUGACAUCACAAGCUCAAAGCAUUUGUAAAACACUUGGCAUGAAAGCACUGAAAAAGGGAUGCCUUGGUUCUGCCUUGACAUGGUGUCUCAGAUCAAAAGAUUCUUCAUUUGCUGCAUUCAUAGCUGACAGAUUUCUAGAAGGAUAUAUCAAAUCAGGCAACUUUACAAACCAAGAUCUGAUAGACAACCUUGGAUCUGCCAUGUURCUUAGUGAUCGAUUGACAUUUCUAUGUAAAUACCAUGAAUUUCAYAAGAUGUAUGAAGAAACUCGUUUUGAAGAGGCUUCUGCUCUUUUGAUUUCACUUUUAACCUCAAAACUUGCACCAAAAAGUUUAUGGUUAAUUCUAUUAACAGAUGCUCUUCCUUUGUUGGAACAUGAGCAGGUCAUUUUUAGUAGCAGUCAAACAUAUGAGCUGCUGCACUGUCUACAGGAGAUCUGCCUUUCUUUUCGAUCUUCAGAAUACAUGCAUACCACAGAGGAACUUGAAGAUAAGAAGAGAGAAAAUAGAAAAGUAGGAAAGAAGGGAAAACAUCCAAAAACAAAUAAGGCUCCCAGUGACGACGAACAAGACAAGAUAUCUCUUUUAAGACUUGCACUUGCAAGAAACUUAGCACGCGCCAUUUUGAAAGAAGGACAAAGUACAACAGUAUAACACAGCACCCUAGACAGGUAGAUAAAUCUAUAUAGUAUAGCUCACUAAUAAGACGCUCACCAAGUCUAUACUCUGAGACAUGUAUCCGCGAAGUAACUUGAUUUGUACAAUAUCCUUUGUCUGCUGUUUUUUUAUUAGUGCGGUUUCGUGUCAUUUCAUAUUCGAGAGUUCUAUGAGCCACAUUGCACAAAACUAAGUCGUUACACUAAACCCGUGAAAUAGUACUCAGAAUGAAGUAACAAACCGUGAACUAGAUAUUUAAACUGACACACUUACCCCUCCCCUCCAUUGUUUUCUUUUGUGUUUAUUUGAGUAUCACACCUUAAUAGUCAAACUCUGUUUCACGGGUUUARUGACGUCAGAUAGUUGGCUAUUAGUUAGUUGCAGAUAUUAUUUUAAUUGUUUUCUUUGUUUCAAUAACGUUUUCUUAGUGUUUCACGGAAAGKGUAAAGUAAACCCGUGAAACAAAGUUUCACUAAGCCUCUGAUGAUUGGCUUAUGAUGUACAUAUGACAUCMUAUAAUAUGAGAUUAAAUUGGUUGGUUGAAAAAUUGUAGGUUCGCGAUCCUAGAGUUCUUGUUAUUAACAUCAAGCACGAAAUAAAUACUGUUUAUGCUCUGG